CGGAUUCUGAUUACGUCAUCACACCUUUAAUUCAUACCCCUGCACUUGAUAUUCGCGAUCACAUUCUCGCAUUAAACCAACAUCAUCAUGGAUCUCGCAAUCACACUUAUCAAGUCCGUUGCGCGGGCGUUCUAUGAAACCCGCGACAUACUUGUGAUUGAUGCGCUUAUACUACAUGAGGCGCUUCGAGACGAUGAUUUGGCCUACUUGAUGUCUACCAACACAAAGGAACUCCACAAGAUAUGCGGAAAGCUACGUGAGGAUCGAUUCUUGGUGGUACACACACGAUCAGAGCUGCGAGAAGGCAACCCAAGACCGAGCAACAAAACAUGGUAUUACAUCGACUACCGAGCCACAAUAGACGCCAUCAAAUGGCGCGUCUACACUAUCGAUAAAGAAGUACAGGGCACUACACAAGUCGCGAGCGAGAAAAAAGAGUACUUUUGCUCAUUUUGCAAAGCAGAAUGGACGGCUAUGGAGGUCCUGGACAACGUUGGCCCGGAAGGAUUCUUAUGCCAUCGCUGCUCUCAUGUUCUGACAUUUGAGGCCGACCGGACAUCGACUGGACACGAGCAGUCUACGCGACUCAAUGACCAGUUCAAAUUCAUCAGUGAACUGCUUCCCAAGAUCGAUGCCGUCCACAUUCCAGAAUGCGACUUCGAUCGUGCAUUUGCUAAAGCACGCCCGGUGAAGCGCGACGAAACACAUCAGCGCGCUCAGACUAUUGCAGUCGACUCUGGCGCGAACCGACCUAUGGCGGUCAAGGGCUUGACCAACACAGGGCCACAAUCGAUUGCAGUUAACAUCUCAACAUCGGAUGGCCCCACAGAAGCCGAGAAGGCGGCAGAGCAGGCGCGCAAGGAGCAGAUCGCGAAGCAAAAUGCGCUGCCAUCAUGGAUGUCCAACAGUACUGUCACUGGGGAGUCCUUCUCAGCAAGCGCUACUCCUGGCACUGCAUCAGUUGUCAAGAAGGAGUCCAGCAAAGAUGCUGGCCCAGCAGCACCGACCGUGGCCAAUGCUCAAAUAGACGACAUAUUCGAGAAGCUCAAGGCGGAGAUAGCGCAAGAAAAAUCAGAGGAGGAAGAGGACGACGAAGAAGAGGAAGACUUAUUCGAAGAUGUCCCUGCCGCCAAGAAAGUGAAACUGGCUGGACCAGAUACUCAUGAACAAAAAGAAGACGAAGACAGCGAGGAGAUAGAGUUCGAAGAUGUUUAGAAACCAUAAAAUUGUCUAAUAAUGGCCAGACUCCCUGUUCUUGUACAUAAAUAGCCACUCUAUCAUCUAAUAUUCUAAUUCCAAUUCCUCUGUCUAACCUAACCAAGCCCGGCCAUGCUUUUUGAAAAAAAGGCCAAUGCUAUGCCCGAGGUAUCAAUACUUGCCCAAGCACAUAUUUGAACGCCCCAUUGUAUGCCGGUAAAAAAGAAGUCGCUUUCAUGAUGUUUACACCUGUCCCUGAUAAAAUCCAAGUCGUUCAUUUCCAGUUUUCCAAUACUGCACAUCACCUUGCAGUUUCUACGCCGCGUCGCAUCUCGAGUUGAGACGUCUUGCAUGUUCGUGGCAACUUGGCCAACGGUAAUUCGGUGUCAUCGAGAGACGAGCAUGAAAUCUCAGACAUGCUACGCUUCAGGCCUGUCAAGGCUCCAACGAUGUUGCCGGCGGGCGGUGACUCGUCACCUUCAUCGCCGUGAUGAUCCCUGGACGACGGGUCUUGUUCGUCCUUUUUGUCGAGUACGCUAUCGCGCUCCCACGCGGACUCUAGUCCGUCCAGAUAGACUGGGGACCUCUUCAAGAAGUUCCACGACAAGGAAUCGUGCUCCAUUGCAAUAUAUAAUGAGUCCAUCUUGCCACUAGCAUCCAGUACGGCGCAGUGCUGCUUGAGGAACGCGCGGUCGUACGGACCGUGGAUAAGCCUGGGCUCCAGGGGUCGUAACAUUGGCAAGCCUUGUAGACGCUCAGCAUCGCAAAGCUUUGCUUGCAAUGGAACCCACGGCCGUCCUUUGAGCAGGGGUUCAAAUGCUCGUGAUACAGCCUCUGUGACAGACUUGGCAUCGUCUCCUUCCACUGCGAGCAUACGAUGAAGUCCACGGGACAGACAUCUCUUGUAUGAGGUUGUAUCCUUUUCAAAUGGGAAGGGUGUGUCCUUGGAAGGCAUCAAAGACACAUGCACUGUCCAUGACCUUGGGCGUUCAGUUGAGGCGGUAGGUUCUAUCGAUAAUCUGUGUGUUGAGUUCAACGGCAGCUGUGAGGGGACAGUGGUUGUGGGCGAGAGAUGAAAGGUGUUGACAGUGGCAUCGCUUGGAUCUGGGUCUUGGGGAGGUGACAAAAGAGGCUCGGCACUCUCCAACUUUUCGAUCCUUUCUUCCAAGCAUUCGUCGCUAUCUAGCAGCUCAAGUUGACGAUUGCGCAAAUCGUCCACUUCGCUCCCUGUCCUUGCCAGCUGUUCGCCUUGUGAUCGAAGGGUUUGUUCCAAGCUUUUAAUGUGUUGCUGCAAUUGUGUAACAAGCGCCCAUGCAGCAGAUGCGUUGCGAUAUGAGCCUUUGAGUUCAGUAUCGGUUUCGUCCUUGUUCUUCUCGACCGUCUCUUCCAACUCGCUGAUGCGGCGAACAACAUGGGAAAGUCGAUCACGGUCUUGUGGGUUCGCGAGUUCUUCCAAGGCUCGUACUCGCUGUUGAAUCGCAUCGAUUUCGGACUUGUUAGUGCUUGGUGUUGGGGUAUCGGCAUUGGCGACGUGAAAGCAGGAUAGAUGUCCACAGUUGCAAGUGGCACCAGGUAAAGAUUUGUUGUGAUCGAACCCCAUGCAGCCGCACCGCUGGCCCUUGAGCUCAGGUAUCAUGAGGAUAUAGCGACAUUGACCCUUUGGCAACUGAGACUCGUCGGGCUGCGGCGUCGAGGCCGGUGGGGGAGAGCGAGAGGGUGAGGGUGACAUUAAGUUGCGUCAAACCAAGGUAUCGAAGAGAGGAAUCGAGGUUGAGAUAGGUCGUCCAUGGAAAUGUCGGUGGCAGUAGGAGCCUGAUAUGGACGGAAUGGAUACGGAUGGUUAUGAAAGGGUACGGGGUAGUCUUUUAGAUAUGAGAGAUGGAGCACGGAAGAAGAAGAAAAAAAACAGCCUGUAGGUAGGUACAGUAAGGCAAGGUAGGCGGGCGGCUCUAAUCAUAAAGCAGGGCGAUGUCGAGAUUUGAACCCCCAGGGAUGUUGGGGUUGUGUGAUUCCGUCUGGCCGCGUUAGGACGGUACCUAAGUCCAGGCGGGUGUACCUGAAAACAGUGGCAUAAUACACGUGAGAG